CUCUCUCUCGUUUCCUUAGUGAUGACGGCUGCGGAUGCGACGUCGGGCGCCGCCACGACGUCGUCUUCGCCGUCAACGGUAGCGAUCCCGGCCAACCUCGCUCUCGUCUCCGCUUUCCUCGCCUGCGCCGUCGCUCAGUUCCUCAAGCUCUUCACUUCCUGGUAUAAAGAUGGGAGAUGGGAUUCGAAACGAAUGCUGGAUUCCGGCGGAAUGCCGUCGUCGCAUUCGGCUUUGGUGACGGCGCUGACUGUGGCCGUUGGGCUGGACCAGGGCACCGGGGGAGCGGCUUUUGCUCUUGCCCUGGUCUUAGCGUUGAUUGUAAUGUAUGAUGCCACAGGAGUGAGACUUCAUGCCGGUCGCCAAGCCGAAUUGCUGAACCAAAUUUUGUGUGAGCUUCCUCCGGAGCAUCCUUUAUCCACUGUUAGACCCUUGCGUGAUUCGCUUGGACAUACUCCAGUACAGGUUGUUGCUGGUGCUAUUUUGGGAUGCGUAGUAGCAUUUCUAAUGAGGGCUGCAUAGGGGAAUCCUUAAAAGAUAUUUUAGGACGUACUGAUUCUUUGAGCUCCACUCUUAUAGGCUAUUAACUUGUUGUAGCUUUAAAUGGACACAGAAUGAAUGUAAGAUGUAAGAUGUAUAAUGUAUUCCUCAUUUAUCAAAAGCCUGUAAAUCUGUUUAGGGGCAUUCUCCCAGAUGUUGGAAUCAUUUUAAGAAUUGAAUUUUUCUUCUGUAAGGUUUGAUUUGAAUUUUGUACUGUGUUGUGUGUACAGAAAACUCCUUUACCAAAUAAAAGACAUAGUUGUGAAGAAUCUCUAAUAC